GGGAAGGAAUGAGAUGAGGGGUGGAAGAGAGAAUCACUCUGCAGGCACCAGAGGCAUAGCUGCCCCCCAGCUCCCCAACUCUUUUUAAAGGAGUGAGGUGCUGAUGAUUGCACUGCCUGUACCCUAAGACCUGGUGCCCCACUGCCCCGGUCCCCUCGUGCCAGGACCUGCUGCACUGCUGGGCCAUGGAAGAGCAGAUGGAAGAGGAAACACCAACAGCCCAGCGCACAGGAGGCCACCACCCCGUGCGGGAAGGAGAGGUGUUCAACACACAGUACCAGGCUCUGCGCAAGCUGGGUUCUGGCACCUUUGCCACCGUCUGGCUGUGCGAGGACAUGAGGAGGAAGAAACAGGUAGCUGUGAAGGUCCUGAGGAACAGGGAAGGCUUUGCUGAGGCUGCCCAGGAUGAGGUUGCCCUCCUCCGCUGCGUGAACAGUAUGAAGAAGAAGGACAGGACAGGAGAAAACAUCGUCUGUUUGUUAGAUGACUUCAGAAUGAUUGGAGAGAAUGGCUUCCAUAUCCUUCUGCUGGGAGUGCUGUGGGGCAGCAAAGCCUGGGCUUGCCUCAGAGAGCCUCAGGAUGGUGUAAAACCAAGCACUGUGCUCCUGUGAGGCAGAUGAGCCAGGCAGUAGCUGGAGCACAGCACAUGGAGGUGGCUGGAGGGGAGAGGUUGGUUAAGGAGGUAUUUGGCUGUUCUGGUGAAGGGCAAAAGGCUGGUGGUAGCAUCUUCUCUCUGUUAGUGACUCCCUGACUGUUGCCCACAUAUGUGCUUGGUAUUUGAGGCGCUGGGUCCUUCCCUACGGUGUCUGAUGGGUAACUACACAGCACAGGGGCUGCCUCUGCCUUUUGUGAAAAGGUCCUUACAGCAGGUGCUGGCAGGGUUGCGCUUCCUGCAUGAGAACUGCCGCAUCAUCCACACGGACAUCAAACCGGAGAACAUCUUGUUGUACGGGCGUGACAGAAGCCUCCAAAGGAUUCUGCCUGAGACACAUGACUGUGAUCAGGGAACAGAUUCAAGGCUAAAGGGACCAGGGAAUGCUCUUGGCAAUCGAUUGGAAGAAUCUGAUUUGAUGAGCAUAGAAGUAAAAAUUGCAGAUCUGGGCAGCGCGUGCUGGACGUACAAGCCCUUUUGCAAGGAGAUACAGACCCAGCCAUACCGUGCCCUGGAAGUGCUUCUUGGAUUAGACUACGGCACUCCUGCGGAUAUCUGGAGCACGGGCUGCCUGGCAUUUGAAAUGGCAACUGGGGAGCAUCUAUUUGACCCUCAACCUGGGAAGUAUUUCUCCAGAGAUGAUGGUAGGAUCCCGUCAGUUUUACUCAUUUCACUGUCUGAAGUGUCACAAUCUUUGUCUCUAGAUCUGUUUUCCCUCUGUUUAGAUCACGUUGCUUGUAUUAUCGAGCUCCUGGGAAGAAUUCCUCCUCAAAUUGCUUAUUCCUGGAACAAGUCAACAAAAUUUUUCAGCAGGCCAGGCGCUCUCCUGCGGAUCUCCAGGCUCUCCCCCCGCAGCCUCCACACCAUCCUGUCGGACAGGCACCGCUGGACAAGACACGAGGUUUCCCCGUUCACCAGCUUCCUCCUUGCCACGCUGCACUACUCGCCGCAGCGCCGCGCCACAGCCGCGCAGUGCCUGCAGCACGCCUGGCUGAGCGCCCCGUGACCGGCCCCAAGCCCUCGCCCGGAGCCGCCUCUUCCCUCCCACCCGCCCGCAGCUCCACCGCAGCGCCCGGGACCGCCCUCCGCCGACGGGGGUUGCGCACAAGAUGGCGGCGGGGCCGGGCGUCCCCUCAGGCUCCGGCGGCUCCUCAGCCUCCUGCGGCGGGACUCCCCCGCCAACCCCGGAGGGGAGGGCCGGAAGGCGGCGGUCCCGGCGCGUCGCGUCCCGUCCCGCCCCGCCUCAGGACGGCAGCCGGGCGGGGUGAAGAGGGAACCGGAGCCGUUCUAUGAAGCCCGGGGAAGACAGCGGCGGCGGCCACCGCGGCAGCGGGACCCCCCCCGCGGCGCGGACGUGCCGAGCUGCAGGCCCC